CCAACCCCUUUCAGCCAUGGCCCACCAAUCCGGCCGGGAGUUCUUCUCCGGUCCCCUCCAUGGCACGACCACCACCAACAGCAGCUCCACCUCUAAUGAUAAUAAUAUGGACCUCGCAUGGCCAUUUGGUAAGCUUGAAGGUCUUGACCGUGAUGACAUCCGUGAAACAGCCUACGAAAUAUUCUUCACAGCUUGCCGUUCAUCACCAGGUUUUGGAGGUCGAAAUGCUUUAACAUUUUACUCUGCACAUGAUCAUGGAAAUGGUGCAGAUGGAGGAAACGGGUCAGGACCCGGGCCAGGGUCACCGAGCGGGCGGGUUUAUGGGGUGGUGAUGACCCCUACGAGUAGGGUUAAAAGGGCCUUGGGAUUAAAGAUGUUGAAAAGAUCACCUUCCAGAAGGAUGUCAAUGUCUUCGGUGGGUCUUAGCAGCGGUGGUGGUGGAGGGUCCACGCCAUCAUCGCCGGUUUCUCAUGGACAUGGUGGUUCUGGUUCUAGCCCUGGAACCGGCGGUUCCACGUUGCCAGCGUCGAGACCGAGGCGUCCUUUAACUUCGGCAGAGAUUAUGAGACAGCAAAUGAGGGUGACAGAACAGAGUGAUAGUAGGCUUAGGAAGACUCUCAUGCGAACCCUUGUUGGCCAAAUGGGUAGGAGAUCAGAGACUAUCAUCCUUCCGCUUGAGCUUCUUCGGCACUUAAAACCAUCCGAAUUCAAUGACUCGCACGAGUACCAUCUUUGGCAAAAGCGUCAGCUCAAAGUCCUGGAAGCAGGCCUCUUCCUCCACCCAUCAAUCCCUGUAGACAAAUCAAACUCUUUCCUGAUGCGUAUGCGCGACAUAAUCCGAGCCAGCGAGUCCAAGCCUAUAGACACCGGCAAGAACUCCGACACGAUGAGAACAUUGUGCAACAGUGUUGUUUCCUUAUCCUGGCGAAGUGCCAACGGCACUACUACUGACGUGUGCCAUUGGGCUGAUGGGUUCCCUCUUAACAUUCACAUCUACACUUCUCUCCUUCAGGCCAUAUUUGAUAUUAGGGACGAGACGCUAGUCCUUGAUGAGGUUGAUGAGUUGCUAGAAUUGAUGAAGAAGACGUGGUCUACUUUGGGGAUCAAUAGGCAAAUUCACAAUGCUUGUUUCACUUGGGUUCUUUUUCAGCAAUAUGUUGCGACUAAUCAGAUGGAGCCCGAUCUUCUUUCUGCUGCGUAUGCUAUGUUGGCAGAGGUGGCAAAUGAUGCUAGAAAGCCAGAUAGAGAGGCAGCGUAUAUGAAACUAUUGUCUUCCAUGUUAGUUUCUAUGCAGAAUUGGGCAGAGAAGAGGUUAUCUCACUACCAUGAUUAUUUCAACAGAGGAACUAUUGGUGGGAUUGAAAAUCUUUUGCCUCUGGCAUUAUCAGCGACAAAGAUUUUAGGCGAAGAUGUUACAAUCAUGGAAGGGGAAGGGAGCAAGAAAGGGGACACAUUGCUUGUGGAUUCAACCGGUGACCGUGUAGAUCAUUACAUUCGAUCUUCUGUGAAAAAUGCAUUUCAAAAGAUAAUCGAAAAUGAAAAUGUCAAAAAUACAACAAAGGGAGAAAGAGAAGAAGCUAGUGAAGCUCUUCUUCAAUUGGCUAAAGAAACCGAGGAUUUGGCUGCGAAAGAGAGGGAGUUAUUUAGUCCCAUAUUGAAGAGAUGGCAUCCGAUUGCAGCUGGAGUUGCGGCUGUGACAUUGCACCAAUGCUAUGGAGCAGUGUUGAAGCAAUAUUUAGCUGGGACAAGUAUGCUCAACACUGAGAUAGUUGGGGUACUACAAAGAGCUGCAAAACUAGAAAAGGUUUUGGUUCAAAUGGUGGUUGAAGAUUCCGAAGAGUGUGAAGAUGGAGGCAAAGGAAUUGUCAGAGAAAUGAUGCCAUAUGAAGUUGAUUCAAUCAUAUUGAAACUCUUGAGACAAUGGAUAGAAGAAAGAUUAAAGAAAGGGAAAGAGUCGCUUUGUAGAGCAAAAGAAACUGAAACUUGGAACCCCAAGUCCAAAUCUGAGCCAUAUGCACAGUCAGCUGUGGAGCUAAUGAAAUCGGCCAGGGAAACAGCGAAUGAAUUCUUUGAAAUUCCAAUUGGAAUUACAGAUGAUUUGGUUCUUGAUCUAGCUGAAGGUUUAGAGCAGCUCUUCCAAGAAUACACUACCUUCGUAGCAUCAUGUGGGUCAAAACAGAGUUAUCUCCCCACACUUCCUCCUCUAACCAGAUGCAACCGAGAUUCAAAGUUCUUCAAACUCUGGAAAAAGGCUACUCCUUGCAGUGUUGGAGUAGAAGGGAUGCACCGCAUUAUGACUAUAGAAGGUCACCAUCCUCGCCCAUCAACAAGCCGUGGGACACAGCGGCUCUACAUCCGCCUUAAUACCUUGCACUAUCUAAUUUCUAACCUCCAUUCCCUUGAUAAAACCCUCACCCUCUCACCAAGAGUCUCAACACGGAACCGUUUCAGCAGCAGCCGCAGGCACCAUGGUGCUUCAACUUCCUACUUUGAACAUGUUAAUGGAGCCAUUCAAUCUGCCUGUGAUCAUGUAUCAGAAGUUGCUGCUUACCGCCUUAUCUUCCUCGAUUCAAAUUCUGUUUUCUAUGAGAGCCUUUAUGUUGGUGAUGUAACCAACGCGAGAAUUAGACCUGCAAUCAGAAUUCUAAAGCAGAACCUAACACUUCUUACUGCAAUACUCACAGACCGGGCUCAAGCAUUAGCAAUGAAGGAAGUUAUGAAAUCAGCUUUUGAAGCCUUCCUUAUGGUUUUGCUCGCUGGGGGACCUUCCAGGAUCUUCCACCGGUCUGAUCACGAGAUGAUUGAGGAGGACUUUGACAGCUUGAAGAGGGUGUUUUGCACUUGUGGAGAAGGCUUGAUAUCCGAGGACGUAGUCCAGAGGGAGGCUGAGGCAGUUGAAGGGGUGAUAACAUUGAUGGGUCAAUGCGCUGAACAACUGAUGGAAGAUUUCAGCAUUAUCACUUGUGAAACGAGCGGAAUAGGUCUCAUAGGUACAGGGCAAAAGCUACCUAUGCCACCAACAACAGGGAGGUGGAACAGAGCGGAUCCAAACACUAUACUAAGGGUGUUGUGCCAUAGGAAUGACCGGGCGGCGAAUCUGUUCUUGAAGAAGUCAUUUCAAUUGGCAAAAAGGAAAUGAAUGGAAGAGGCCAAUGUAGAUAUCGCACAUGUGAAGCAGAGAUUUUGUGUUUUCUAGCAUUGAUUUCUAUUGAUGUAAACUGUAUUCAAAGUUGAAGGAAAUCUCAAGGGGGCGCAUUUGUAUUGAAUUUGGUUUAACUUAAAAUGUUAUAUCAAAAUCUUGCUGGGGAGUAGAGAGGGGAAUUGUACAAUA